UUUUUUUUUUUCAACUUGCCUUUCAAGAUGACUUUUAUGGUCCCUGCAAAUGCUUCCCUCCAGUCUAAACUGUAGUUUGGGAAGAUUUAAGAGGCCAGGGAGGUGCUUGUGUGGGCUUUAACUAAUCCAAAACGGUCGUUAAUGUAUCUCUACGCCCUGCGAGAUGGUUCCGGCCAGGCCAAGCAGUAGCCUGGGUGUGUUUUCACCCGGACACUGCGGAGUUCCUUCACGGUCUUAGCGGCCAGCCUGCCAGUGAGGGGACACUUGACCUGUGGGCCCUGUGCCCUAUCUUCGAAGGGCACCCUGAGCGUCUUUCUUUACGUUCACAAUGGAAACUCUCCGACACUGUCCACCUGAAGCCGUAACUAGUCCCCGGGGGUUCCUUGGAAGCUUACAAAACUCCCCCACAGGUGUGCGGAGGACUUUGUGCUUUUGGGGGUCAUCCAGCCAGCUUUGACGUUGCCCUCUCAGCUUUGCCUUUGUACGUGUAAAUGCCCUCGUAGCCAGACACCACGGCAUGGAAGGCUUCAUGGACUCAGGGACACAGACCGACGCUGUGGUGGUGCUGUCCUUGGCUCAGGCUGCUGUGCUGGGCCUGGUCUCAGAAAAUGAGCUCUUUGGAGCCACCAUAAGUGCUGAGGCCUUCUACCCAGACCUAGGGCCAGAACUGUCUGGGACGGGCAUGGGGGAGCCAGGACCACCAGGACCCGACAUCUAUCAGCUGGCCUGUAAUGGGCGGGCCCUGGAAGAGGCCCCAGAAGAGGAGGUGCUGGAGGUAGAGGCAGCCUUUGAGAAGCACACCCGGAGGAAGACACGCCCUCCUGUGCGGCUGGUGCCCAAGGUCAAGUUUGAGAAGGCGGAAGAGGAAGAGGAACAGGAGGUGUAUGAGGUAUCUGUGCCUGGUGAUGACAAGGACUCGGGCCCUGCAGAGGCCCCUGCUGAGGUGGCCAGUGGUGCCUGCGAGGCCCUGGUGCAGAGCAGUGCCGUCAAGAUGAUCGACCUCAGCGCCUUCAGCCGCAAGCCCCGGACGCUCCGGCACUUGCCCCGAACUCCAAGGCCAGAACUGGACAUGGUCCCAUUUGAUCCUCCUUUCCCGGACCCAGCCCGGGAUGGCUUUCCCGAGCCCAGCAUGGCACUACCUGGACCAGAAACUUUGCCCACUGAAUGUGGUUUUGAGCCGCCCCACCUGGCCCCCCUGAGCAAUCCUGAGCCUCCCAACAUGACAGCGCCAGAACUCGUCAAGCCAGAACAGGGCUUCGUGUGGCAGGAGUCCAGCGAGUUCGAGGCGGACACGGCAGGUUCCACGGUGGAGCGCCACAAGAAGGCACAGCUGGACCGCCUGGACAUCAACGUGCAGAUCGAUGACUCCUACCUAGUGGAGGCUGGCGACCGCCAGAAACGCUGGCAGUGUCGCAUGUGCGAAAAGUCUUACACGUCCAAGUACAAUCUGGUGACGCACAUCCUGGGCCACAACGGCAUCAAGCCACACUCAUGUCCACACUGCAGCAAGCUCUUCAAGCAGCCCAGCCACCUGCAGACGCACCUGCUGACGCACCAGGGCACACGGCCCCACAAGUGCCAGGUGUGCCACAAGGCCUUCACUCAGACCAGUCACCUCAAACGCCACAUGCUGCUGCACUCUGAGGUUAAGCCCUACAGCUGUCACUUCUGUGGCCGUGGCUUUGCCUACCCCAGCGAGCUUAAGGCCCACGAAGUAAAGCACGAAAGUGGCCGCUGCCAUGUCUGUGUUGAGUGCGGCCUAGACUUCUCCACCCUGACCCAACUCAAGCGCCACCUGGCCUCCCACCAGGGCCCCACCCUCUACCAGUGCCUCGAGUGUGACAAGUCCUUCCACUACCGCAGCCAGCUACAAAACCACAUGCUCAAACACCAGAACGUGCGGCCCUUCGUGUGCACUGAGUGUGGCAUGGAGUUCAGCCAGAUCCACCACCUCAAACAGCACUCCCUCACCCACAAGGGUGUAAAGGAGUUCAAGUGUGAGGUGUGUGGCCGGGAGUUUACCCUGCAGGCCAACAUGAAACGCCACAUGCUGAUCCACACCAGCGUCCGGCCCUACCAGUGCCACAUCUGCUUCAAGACCUUUGUGCAGAAGCAGACUCUCAAGACCCACAUGAUUGUGCACUCGCCCGUGAAGCCGUUCAAGUGCAAGGUGUGCGGGAAGUCCUUCAACCGCAUGUACAACCUGCUGGGCCAUAUGCACCUGCACGCAGGCAGCAAGCCGUUCAAGUGCCCGUACUGCUCCAGCAAGUUCAACCUCAAGGGAAACCUGAGCCGGCACAUGAAGGUCAAGCAUGGCGUCAUGGACAUCAGCCUGGACAGCCAAGGUGGGUGGGCUGUGCGCAGUGGACAGAGCAGGAAUGACAGCAACAUGGCGCACUCAGGAGUCUCCUGUCCAAUUAGGGGCAUAGGGAGGCUGGCCAAGGCUGAGACUUCAAUGAGGUGGGCUCAGGUCUGGGGAGAGGGGGAGCCUGGAGAGCCGUCAUGGCAGUAAUGGGGUGGUGGGUAUUUAUGUCUUCUUCCAAGGACUUACAUGGGCUCACAAAACAAUAAUAAUAAUAAAAACAAUAACUUACACAUGUCGAGUGCUGUGUAACUCAUGUGACCCUCCCAGGGAAGCUGGCUCUGGUAUUAUCCCUAUAGCAGAAACUGCAGGGCAGAGGAUGAGGGUGACUCAGUCACAACACUUGAGAGUCAUAGAUGUGCCAUCUCUCAUCAUUAUCAUGAGAGAUACCCUGAUAAUGUCAAGUAAGUGGGUGGGAAAGUGACAAGGAGGCCACACCUCCAAGUACACAUGGAAAUUCUCAGACCUUCAGUGAGUCAUGGUGCCUGAUGGAGAGAAUGCAGCCA